UCAAAUUUAUCAAUUCGCCCAGCAAAUGACGCUGCUGUGCGAAUAGCUCACGCUGAAGAUUCUUAAAUUACACUUUUCUCUUUCGAAACAUUUAUUGAAAAUUUGUCACAAUAAUACACAAACAAUUAUUUUAACUGACUUUACCAAUUCAGUUCAUCAUCGAUUUUAUUCAUAUUCGUAAGUGAUUCUAUUUUGAAUGCAUUGACAAUGUCGGUUCUUCACGAAGGCAAUGAACAAAUCGAAUCAUUCGACAACAAUGAUACCAAUGACGGCAAUUGCAAUGAUGAUGCACAUAUUAUUCGAAUCAGAGGCCUGCCGUGGAACACAACCAAAAAAGAAAUUUGUGAUUUUUUCGACGGUGUAAAUAUCGUGAAUGGCGAAAAUGGCAUUCAUUUGGUCACACUGGCCACUAACAAUACAAAACCACUCGGCGAAGCAUACAUUGAAUUGGCGUCGUUUGAUGAUUUUGAACGUGCUCAAACUUUUCAUAAGAAAAACCUCGGAUCUCGAUACAUUGAAGUGUUUGAGUCAACAUUCGAUGAAUUUCAAUGCAUAAUGAAUAAGCAGAGAGGCGCAGAGGAUGAGAGUGUUGUGCGUCUUCGAGGUCUUCCGUGGAAUGCAACCGAAGCGGAUAUUGCUGACUUCUUUCAAGGCUUACAAAUCAAAAGAAAUAAUGGCAUUUACAUACCUCAUAACCGAAAUGGCAAAGCGUCUGGUGAAGCCUUUGUGCACUUUGAAACAAUCGAAGAUUGUGAACAAGCGCUGCAGCGAAAUAUGAAUGAACUGGGCCACAGAUACAUUGAGAUAUUCCGGAGCACUGAACAGCAAUUGAUGAGAAGCAUGAUGCAAACAAAUCCGAAUCGAGGCAAUUUUGGCGGUCGUAACAAUGGCCAAUCAAGCCAAUCAAAUGGUAACAACCGAAUGCAUCCAUAUGAACGGAAUGGAAAUAAAAAUAACUUCGGCAGAGGCAACCAAAAUGCACGAGGCAGAAAUCAAAAUAAUCGAAACGAUUUUCGAAGAGAUCGUUCAAACAAUGGGGAUAUGUUCAUGCAAAACUCAAAUCAAUCAAAUAACCGAAACUUUGGCAACAAUCGUAUGUUCAACAACUCAAGGAAUGGCAAUGGCGGCGGUGGCAUCGGCAAUAGCUUUGGAAAUGCAUUCAAUCAGAAUAAUCAAAAUUCAAAUGACAAUUUCUUUGAAGAUUUUGACUUAAACGAAUUUUCAAAGAAUCUCAAUAGUUUCGAACGGUCGGGAAACAAUCGACAAGAUUUUGGUGGUAAUCGCAAUCAACGGCUACUAGAUCUUAGUAGUCUAAGCAAUGAUUUCUUUGCAAAUUCAAACUGGAACAGUUCAAACAAUCAAUUCAAUUCACGUGGAAAUGGCGGCAAUGGCAACGGUGGUGGUUCUGGCAAUAGUUCCUUUGGUGGCAACAAUGAUUCGUUUGGCGGCUCAAAUAAUCGCUUCAAUAACAACAAAAAUAGUCGAAACAAUGAUAGCCGGAGCGGCCAACACUGCAUUCAUAUGCGAGGAUUACCCUACUACACUGAUGAAAUGGAUGUAUUUAACUUCUUCGCGCCGCUAAAGCCAAGUUUCUGCAAAAUCAUUAUAAACAACAAGGGAUUACACAGCGGAGAGGCGAAAGCCUAUUUCGAUUAUUAUGAACAAGUACGAACGGCUCUCAGCAAAGACCGAAUGAAAAUAGGAAGUCGUUACAUUGAACUAUUCUAUGCCGGUUCAAAUUAAUUAAGAAUUCAUUUAAGUGGUUUUGAGUGGCUAUUCAAAUUUCCUUUUUUUUAUUUAAUUUAUAAAAAAAAUCUUAAUUUUGUCGUGAUUCCAGUUAUUCAAUUAAUAUAGGACAUCAGCAAUAUAUUCGGCAUUUUUAUCUGGAAUUUCAGCAUGAAUUUAAAUCAAUUUAUAGCUAAAUGUACGUAGCCACACACUAUUUAUGUCAUAAAAUAAACAAAAAAAGAACACAA